UCACGUUUGUUUUGUUCGAUCGUCGAAUCGUGUUCUCAGGGAUACCAGAAAAUUCCAUUACUCCUGAAUUUUUUAUUGAUAUCGCGAAUACAUUCUCUCAUCUUGGUGAGAAACCGAGUGAUUUGUGUUGGCAAACAAUGCCAGAGUCUUGGGGAAAAUAACUAUUGAAGACUAAUGAUCACCGAUGAUGGAUUAUUUUUCACAACCGAGAUUUUCUUCUGGCUCUCAUGAAAUUCUGAUGAGCAUCUGCCGAGUGGAUUCACCCGGUAAUCCAUGAAAAUACGAGUCGUUGUUUUCCGUAAUCAAAUUGAUUUGCAUAUUCACGAGGGCGAGAUGCCGGUAAAAAUUGAAAAAAAUUAUUAUGCAAACCACAUUUUACUCGUGACGUUCAUCAUCCCGGCUCAUCCCGUUGAUUUGUAAUUUAUCGGCAAAACAGUGAAUGAAGAACAGUUUAUGCAUUAACUCGACAUAUUAUAGAUUUUCAGUCCUCAUGUUGAAGUGUUUCCGAGCAUUUCGGCAAUUUACCGCGGCUUUGGAACUAUUUACUCAUUAAUAAAUACGGAUUAUCAUGAACAAUAGGUAAUACCAAUAUUGCAAAAAUUUUAAAUAACCCCCAAAACGAUUGAAGGGGCACCUCCCCGAUAAACUCAAAAAUAAUGUGAUCACGGAAUCAUUGAGAAGGGAACAAACAACCGGUGUAACUCGUAUUUUCCACUUGCGGAGUAUUCCACGAACAAUGUGCGAUAAAAUGCAGGGCAUCAUGAAAGAGAAUUCUUCAAAAACGAUACGUAUGAGCGGACACAGGAUAAGGCAUUUGUGGUGAGCAUCUAGUCAUACUCCUUUUGUGGAGAUAAUUCCUGAAGAAAACCCCCCGAGUGGCUUCUCAUUUACGAUAGUGGAAUUCGGUGAAGUGGAAAAGCUGUCUCUGUGGCCAGAGGAAACCAAUGACGUUGAAGGAUAUUGGGUUCAUCAAGAGUUACCAGGAAGCUGGGUUGGGUACAUCUUCCCGGUGUCAUCGUGAUUAUUGACGUAUCGUGUUAAAUAUCAGAAGGGAAUUGAGCUGGGUAUAAGAAGCACUUGCUGUGCUGAAGCUUGUGCUGUGAAAAUGAUCCUGAGGUACACGAUAUAUUGAGAGGAAUAAUCCAAGGUUGCAUUGACAAUGGCGAUAGAAAUUCCGAGGAACAUGAUGAUAUUGUCGGCAUGGUUGGGAUUAUUCAUCGUAUCCCUGCCCUCUGUCUACCCCCAGAUGCCAUGGACUCCGAUAUUCAUUGGAAAAGACAGUCAAGUGGAUUUCUGGACCCAGAGCGAGACGGGGUGUACCUGCAGCUUUAAUUCAUCGAGCAAGGAUUGCGCUUGCUGUGUUUUAACGGGGGGCUGCAGUUGUGGGGCUGCAAUGCCGAAACGCUGUGGCCAGUGCGGCUUGGAGAAGUACUGCACAAACAUGUGCAAUAUAACGCUAGACAGUAAGGAACUGCUGAGCAAAUCGAACAGAAGCUUUGGACAGAUAAAAUCCCCAUCGACAGGGGGACCCACUGAGUGCACCUAUAAAUUCAUCCCAGAUACGGGACAACGAGUCGAACUGCAGAUUUAUCGACUAGUCUCAAUCGGACGACAUAUUAACGAAAAGUGUGAGGGUGGAUGGCUGCAAUUGGAGGGUGGUGCACGUGUUUGCGGAUCUAAUGCACGUUUUGAUCCCCCGAUUGUACUUUUCUCAGACAAGCUUCAACCAACACUGCGAAUGCUGAUCAGUGAAAAUACAACGAGAUCACAAUUUUUGGCGUAUUACAGUUUUGCAUCGAAGACCAGUACUUCGGUUGGAUGGCCAGCAAAGGGUGGAAAAAGCGUUGACCAAACAGAAUGCGACUGGGUAUAUGAGGACUGCACAAAUCGAGAAUGUAUCCUGGCAAGUCCUGCUUAUCCAGGUCUCUACCCCCCGGACACAAGAUGUCAUUAUCUCAUUAAAUCUAAUGGCACUGUAUCGAUCACAAUUAUGUUCAGCUCUGUUCUCCUAUCCUUCAACCACUGCACGAAAGAUUUCAUCGCUGUUUACGCAGGACCAACUACAUCAAGUACACUUCUUAAAACUCUAUGCAGCAAUGAAAAAACUACAGUUGUCCAUACAGGACCAGAGUUACUCGUCGAGUUCAAAUCAGGACCGGAAGUUCCACCAUUCAAUUACAACGGGUUCAAGGCUCAAGUAAUAGUCACAGAAUUGACAACGCUCCCACCCACCACCACAUCAACAACAACUGAAAAUUCCAUCGAGAUUAUCAGAUCGGCCAACAAUCCGAUGAGCAAUAGCAUCCGCUCGUCUGAUCGUGAUUCCAAUGAUUUACGAAAGGACCAGGACAGCAUGUCCUGCGACACCGACGUAUACGGUGACAAGUACAGAACGGGUCACUACGAUACACGUAAAAAAAUUAAAACAACAAACUGUCAUUUGAUUCUACGUGGCCGACUCUCGGACACCGUUCACGUACUCCUGUCAAGUUACAAUCUCAGUACAUCAGGCUGCAAGUCAACGAUUGAAAUUUGGGAUGGAGUUCUACAGCCUGGCAUGACCCAGGGGAAUGACAAACCCCUCAAGACAAUAUGCAGCCCCGCGUACAAGAUAUCACACGAUAACGAAGACGAGAGGUACACAGAGACAGAGCAUUACUCGUCCACAGGCAGGGAUAUGACGGUUGUUUUGCGACGAGCAUCAAACAAACCACCCGAUGAAGAAUUCAUGGAUGUCGCUUACUAUUUUCACGACGAGAGGGAAGGGGGCACUCUACGGCCCUCGAGUGCCUGUGACGUGGAGUACUACGGUCUGAGCUCACCAAAGGAAGGCUGGGUGGUGCACCCUAUUUCCAGGCUGUUCACCCUGCAAGGCUCCGUCAAGUGCAAACACCACUUCAUUCCAGCCGCUAACCAAUCGGCGAUUCUCACGGUGGAGAAUGACAAUGUCAAACGUCCCACCACCAAUCAGUGUAUUACUCUCUGUGGAGACAGUGGAUGCAGGUGCAUGAGUGACAGCCCACUGGAUUCUAUUGAUUAUCUCCAGGUUGGCUCGGAGCCUGGACACAUCAUUAUGUGCCUCUGUGGGGAUUAUCAGAACUGGCUACCCCUGAAAAUCCGAAGUUGGACACCCCUCUAUAUCGAGUGGUCUCGCUCAUCAAGAUCAGGCUUGGGUUUCAAAGCCAACUACAAAUUUGCUGAGAGCGCUUACUGCGGCGAUCAUUCGACGAGAAAACCCGAGGGUAUGAUACGCGCUGAGGAUCUCAGUGUACCCAGUAUCUCCAGUCUCAAUCAGUACUAUCAACAAAAGUGCAUGUGGAUAUUGGACUCAUCAAUCGACAGACAACUCAUCAUCGAGGUUGAAUCAUUCCAGGACAGACCCUGUACAGCCUGGAACCUGACAAUACAUGAGUACAAGAAAACUGGCGAUCCGGUUGGCCAGAGGCUGCAUACAUUCUGCUCACGGGAUAGGCAUAAAAAUUUUACACUUCCACGGAAAAUGAACACCGCGGUCGUCAGAUUGCAAGCUCUCGGCAGAACGGCGCCUCAGUACGUGAUGAAAUGGCGAAGUGACACAGUUAUGGCGAAUACACAAAAAAGUGGCCCCUCGCCAGCACCAAAUUACGUAUCCGGCACGUCAGUUGCGGUACUCGUUAAUCAUCACUCUUUUCCUAUGGCUCUGUCAACUCUGGUGGUAUUUUUAUUCUGUUAUGGCAAUUUCUGAAUGUGUGAGAGUCUAGUGUACAUAGGGCAACUCCUCGGGCGUGAAAAACAAUUCCAUUGAUCAAUGGACAAGUAGCCAAGUCAUGAAAUGAGAUGAAUCUGGUAACAUUCCUGUUUUUUCAUGUUUUUCAGCCAUUAAUCUGAGGAUCUAUCAAUUUUAGAGAAAAAUAUCAAAAGGCUUUUUUCAUCGGAAACUCAAUCACCUGCAAAAAAGCUCUUUACGGUUUUCACCUCAAAUCGAUGGUUUUUUGGAUAAAUCGAUAAUUUGGAAUUUGAAAGGAUGAACAAUCGAUUUUUCUCAAUUCGUCAUUUUGCUACUGAUUUUAUCGAAUCAAUUUCUGUAAAUAGUAUAAAUAAGAUGGUAGGGACGGUUUGAUUAAUAGUGCUGGCAUUGAUUUUCUGUAAAUAAAUUGUAGAUUAAUAGAAUUUGUACAGAAUACAAUGAAUUUGAAGUAAUGGGCAACGUAGGGUAAUGGGGAAAUUAAUAUUCGAGAAUUCUAGAGAAACGGAAAGACGAAUUUUGGCGAACGAGCUUGUGUCCUCGGGCACAAUUUCCUUGGGAGGGACAUCAGUUAUGUCGAUGCAAUCCAAAUGAAAUGAGAGUUUGCCAAAAUUUUAGUAACGUACACAAUUCAGGAAGACGCCAGACCAGUUAUCUACUUUUGUCUAUUGCUCGUUAGCGAUCAUGACGCAACUCCCAUUAGAAGCAAUUUGAAUAAAAAAAAUGAGACUCCAUCUGAUGUCCCUCUCACCUGUUAUGCAUCCCUCAGUGAUCGAUUAGUUUUUCUGGUAGUCGACCAUCGAGGGAAAUUAAUUGAAGGAAAAUUACGUGCGUAUGAAAAAAUUCAAUGAAUGACUUGCGUUCUCUCUAAAAAUUUCUGAUGGAUUUCCGAUAAAUCUCUGAUAAUAUUCUACAGAGUUGGAAGAGGGAUUGACUGGAAUUUCUGGGGCGAGUGCUGGAAUUUAAUUGAUUCAUUUCAUAUACACGAGAAUAUGGAAUAGGUUCACUAUUACAUGUAUGUAUUAAUACUCAAACCCAAAACUCCAAAA